ACUGGUAGGAAGUGUUUCUGAAAUAAAAAAAAAGAUUGUAACAAAAUAUUGAGCAAACACGAUAUUAUUAUAAAGCAAUGUAAAUUAUAAUGUUUAAUGUAAUAGUCCCAACAUUUUGGGAAAGCAACCUCAUUUAUUCUGCAUUAAGGUUUAUCACGUUUCAGUUGAACAUAUAUAACCAGCCCAGCUUUACAUACACUUGUGCAAGCAUUUAUUUUAAAGGGGUUUUCCACCAAUUUUACAAAUGAAAUUGUGUCUACAGGUCUAGAGGAUUUCUUUCUUUGUGAAUAAACUUUUGUGGUUCCAGAAGAAGCUGCGUGUAAUAAAUUGCCUCCAGCGAUGAGACUCAGUUGCUAAGUUGCCUUGUGGGUAAUGUGGGCGCUGGGUAUUUAAAAGUAAGAAAAAAUGUGGAAUGUAAAAGGCAAUAUCUGUUUCUAGUGUACGAAUUUUGAUCAUUUGUUUGACUAGCGCAGUUGACUGUUUUUUUUGUUAGUUUUGUUGCAUUGUGGGUAAUGUAGUCCACUGUUCUAGCACUGUCAGGCUCAUUACAGACAGCUUGAAAACAAAUGAUCAAAACAAUUAAGCAGACCCAGAGACAUGGCCUUUUUUGAUCCUUCAUUUGCAAAACCUGGCACCUACAUUACCCACAAUGCAACCUCACCAACAAGUGACAUCUCUGGAGAUCGUUGCAUGCAUCUCAAAAGGCCUUGCACUACUUUUCUCUCCUCCACAUGUGCAGCAGCUCUCCAUAAGGCCUGCAAACACACUUAAAUAUCUACAAUUGGUGGAACUAACCUUUAAUAUGAAUCACAGAGCUUAUGGGGGAUUAUUAUUUCUCUUUGCUGCCAGGCACUAAUUGAAUAAUUUACAUCUCAGCUUGACAUUUUUGCCCCGAGUGGUGUGAUCUGCUUAAUUAAGCGAAUUUGCAAAUAUUUAUUUAUGAGGGUGGGAAACUUAACAGCUGUGAAAAAAAACUCACAUGGCGUUAAUAGAAUCCAUGUUUCCAAAUAUUACAUCUUAAAGAAGACAUAAAGCAGAAAAAACACCGUCUCCCGAGAAGAAAGCAGACCACAGGACCGGACCUGCACACGCAGUUUUUAAAUCCUCUGAUCACUUUAAGCUUCUUAGAGGCGCUAAUGAAAGUGGUCGCAUAUUGUCCGGGGACAGACAUCUGUUUCCGUCUUGAUUAAGUUUUUAAUUUUCCCUAACAGAAAAAAAAGAAGCUGCUAGGCUUUGCUAAUCGGAGUGAUCCCGAGUGUGUUCACAGGAAACCUGCGCAUCUCUCCCAUCUCCCGCAGCCUGAGAGCCACUGUGACUGCAGAGGAGAGGAGAGGAGCUGAGGUGUGAAACAGAGCGCACCGUGUUUAUUUAUUUAUUUAUUAAUUUUUUUAUUGAGCUGUUAACUCCGUCAGCUGGAGCGUUAUUUUUUUUUUUUUUUUUUUUUUACCUCUUCUCGCUCACUCUCUAUAUCGAGGCGGAGGAAACUUGAGAAAUCGGAGGAUUACAUUUCCUGCAAAACUUUUUCUAUUUUUGUCGAAACGGUCGUUGCUUUGUAUGCAGGAUGAGCCAGAUGGAAGCUUCCGCAGAGGCUCAUCAUGUUGAUCUGUAACUUCAGCGCAGGCGAGAUGAAGCUGAACAUAUUGGCUCAACCAAUACACUGGGGCCUCCUGCUUCUUUGUAUUGUGGGCUUCUGCAGCCAGCCAGUGUCCAGUGGCAACCAAAGCUCCCGAGGACAGACAGGGUCAAAGCAGGAGAGGACGGGGACCUGUGAAGUGGUUGCUGCUCAUCGCUGCUGCAAUAAGAACAAGAUUGAAGAACGCUCUCAAACAGUCAAGUGCUCCUGCUUCCCAGGACAGGUGGCGGGGACAACAAGGGCGCUGCCCUCUUGUGUUGAAGCCGCUAUUGUGCGUCAGAAGUGGUGGUGUAAGAUGGAGCCCUGUCUUGAGGGGGAGGAGUGUCGAGUUCUCCCUGACCUCACCGGCUGGUCAUGCAUCUCCGGGAACAAAGUAAAGACCACAAAGGUGGCGCGGUAGCAGCAAGACGGAAGCUCCAUCUGAUCGGCACGUGCCCAUCCCGGCCUGCAGCGGUUACCUUAACUAACACGGGACUCUGAGGACGGCGAACACCACCGUCAGACGGAGCAAAGAACAAUAUAGAUUUAAUUAGAUAUCUCCUGGCUGGGCUUUAAAACAGCAGGAACUCAUUAUUUUAAUUUCUUUUGACUUGAACACAAUUUUGGAUGGGGUUAAUCCCGUGGAGUGGACAAUCUAUUAGCAACUGACUUGAGAUAAAACGAUGCAGCACCUUUCCCACCCGCCCCCGACCCCCCCAAUCCAAACAGGGUGGCUCCUGCGAAAAAGUCUGUAUCAUUGUUUCAGUGCUUGAUAUGCUGAGCACAUUGUGAUGCACUCAAUCAAAGUUUGGAUGGGACUGCUGGCAGACUCUUAAAAAGAGAUUUUUUUGUGGAUUUUCAGGAGGCAGAAUGUGAAUCCAGGCACUGGCUUGUGACUCUCGCCGCCGAUCAAAGCGGAAGACCACAAAUACUGAGAAAUUUAUGAUUAUGCUGCAUUUGUAGACAAUGCUGUCCUGUCGACUUACUCGGAGCUUUGUAAAGAGGUCAGAUCCCUUUGGACUACUCCUUACCACAAAGAGAGGCACGCCCGCAUACACAAACACGCACAAAGGCUUGCUUUUUUUUUGUUUUUUGUUUUUUCCAACCGGCUGGACGGAGCACCACCUGCAAGGCUGUGAUGGCAUGCACACAGGCACGAGGCUCUGAUGCAAAACAAGGACUGUUUGAAAUGCUAAUCAUGGGGAGAAUGGGGAGAGAGGAGAGGAGAGGAGCUUCUUCACUGUAGAGAGUAUUUACAUCAUGCUUUUGUUUGUCUCUCUAAACCGAGUGCUCCUGUGGAGGGGAACUCCGAUGCGAGCAGUGAUGGGAAACAUUUCUCCUGUCUUGAAGCAAGCGGCAGUCGCUAACAGAACAGAAUGGUUACCGUUAUUACCCCUCCAUCAGCUGUCCUCUUCGUGUGAAUCAUUUCUCCUUCCGGCCCCGCCCUGAUCGCCCGUCUUCCGUCUCUCGAGCUCAGUCAAACACUUUGCAUUUUUUACCUUUUGCAAUGAGGAGACACUUAACGAUAACACAAGUACACAAGCGUCUGCGAAUCAUCACAUCCGAGGCGUCAGGCCUGUACGAGGGGCCUCGAGUUGCCUAGUUGAGAGCAGCUGAAUUUACAUCAGUUUGCUCAACAUCUGCUUAACGCAGUCAUGCACUGUGAUUGUUUUGGUCCAGACAAGAUUCAACAGUGAGGUGUUACGGGGGGCCCAAAAAACAUGCAACAUUAAACUCAUGAUAAUCAUGAUUAUUUCUGUUGGUUAUUCCUCUUAAUGGGUAAAAUCUUCUACUAUCUUAUUUAACCCACAGGAGCUUGUCGUGCAGCUGAUAACAGUAUUAUUGACAUGAUCUGACCCGGCAGUCAGAUGAAGUAGGAAAACGGCACUGUUUACAAAAGAACUCAGGUAGUACAACGAUGACCCGCGCUCUAACCACAGUUAUUAAGUAUUAUCUCGGAACAAUCAGACUAAAUGAAAUGCUCAGCAUCUAUCUCCAUUUCACCUGCUUGAACCAUUUUGUAAAGCCUCAAAACAUUCCCUGCUUCUAACAUCUCAGUUGUGAUCUUUCCUUUGUCUCAUGUGAUCGUUUACUGAAUAUUUUGGGCUGUGGGAAACUGUGAGGGGGGAUCUGUCGACCUUCCUCUGACAAGCUUGAGACCAAAUGAUCGAUCCAAAAAACAAAAUAGCAGGUUCAAAGACCUAGAACAAUCUUUGCGUCAAUUAUGUAUUUAUUCUGUUUUUCCAACCCUAUUACAGCCGUCGGCAUCAAAUGCCAUACAUCAUUUGAUUAAGGGGAACGUUAUGUUUUAGUCUGGCUCAACUGAAAGUCCCAAUUUUACAUUUGCUUUGAACGAGAAUGAAUGAAUGUACAAACACAAGAGGCAAUUCUUUCUUCUUGACUGGGAAGUGAGAAUCUCAGGAAGUAAAAAAAAAAAAAAAAAUAAUAAU